AAAAUUAAUUAAAUAAAAUUAAUUACAAGGUGAUUUAGAUAAUGAAAGUAGUAAAGUUGAACGACACAUUGGAGUAAGAAUAAUAGCAUAGGAAGAGUUUAUGUCACGCGAAUGAGUGAAGAAAAAAUUUAGAGUGGGAUAUAUGAUGUGUGUUAUAGGCAUGUGGAAGGAGAAAAAGUGAGUGAGGAGGAGAAUAAGCAAAGAGUUGGCGCGCCUUUGUUAUUCUGAGGGGUGAGAAGAGAAGAGCCGAACGAAACGCGUAAACAGAGAGUCAACAUGUAAACAGGCCACUCGUGAGACAAACAACGUAGUGGGAGAGCUCGUUACCAUGAGGCUUUCUUUCUUUCUCACUCAUAUUAGUCAUUCGAUCAUUCGUUCGCACGAGUGUAUAGUAUUAGACAUGUUCGUUCACGUUUUUACUCUGCGUACACGCGUUUGCGUUUAAAUCAUCAUGCAUUACUCUAAUUUUUAUUUCAUCAAACAUUAUAAGUCAUUUAAUUAUUUUUUUCACCACAAAACACAUUGAUGACUCGAAUGUAUCUUAUUGAUUGAGAUGUCACUCUAAUGAUUGCAAGAAUAAUUGUCGAGUGUUUAAUUAAAAAAUUAUUCUUUUCAUUUAUCGGAAACUGUGUGAUUUGUUUCGAACUUUUGUCUACCUUUUAACGUGUAUGUUUUGUGAAAUAAAUAAUAAAGUGAAUAAAGUGAGAAGAGAGAAAGAUGGGAGAGAGGAGGUAAUCGACGUCACAACACCACGCGGUUCAACAGGUGCGGCGAGUCGCGUCAUCGAGCGAGACGGAUACAUUGGUGAAGGUCCAUUUGACACUGGAUCCUGGGGAAAAAACCACUUCCAGUCAACUACGAUUCCUUGGCAGCUGAAUACACGCAGCCAAAAUCGACUCAGUGACGAUGGCAUAAUGGAUCAUGACACAGACGGAGACGGAGCGAUCAACUUGUCAACGUCUCAACGACCCUCUGCUUCGACCACCCCAAAUGGUGACGGUCCAGUCUACAGCCAAGAUCAACACGACAAAGAUCAGGCAACAACGCUAUAUGCUGUUUUGAAGCAACAUCAAACAAGAGAAUCACUGUGGGAUAGAGAAUCAAUACGCAAAGACAGAUCAAGUGUGACAGAAAAAAACGACGAUUUCACAAUCGAGUAUCGUAGCAAUGGAAAACUUAGCCCUACUGGGCAGAAUUCUGUGACAACUACACCCAUGACCCAACAAAAGCAACCAAUUAUUACUCAAUCAUCACAGCAACCUUGUUCAGGAACACCAGGCUCACAGCCGAGUCCACAUCAGAGUCCACAAACACCAAAUCGAGCCUCACCCCCUAAUCCCAAUCAGGGACAAUUGCCUGGUGGUCCACCUGGUGGUCCACCAUUGCAGAAUUCCUCACAGAUGAUGCUCAGCCCUGCUAGCGGUCUUCAUCAUCAAAUGCAGCAACUCCUUCAACAACACAUCCUCACACCAGCACAGCUGCAAACGUUUGUUCAACAACAUACUCUGUACCUUCAACAGCAGCAGCAGCAACAACAGCAACAACAACAACAACAGCAGCAGCAACAGCAACAACAACAUCAUCAGGAAACAUCUUCUGAUCAUGUCACGAGUCAAGACAGAUUCGGUGGUUAUUUUUCUUCAUUGAAAAGCCAUCAACAUCAACUGGCUGAAUUAGGAAGAAAACAAUUGGAACAAAAUAUGCAACAGCUACAAGAACAAUUGCAAUUGAAUCUUAUCCAACAGACACACCUUCUGCAGACAGCAGAUAAGAAGAAAACUUCAGUACCUCUUCAACAACUUGGAGUUCAACAACAUCAGAUUAUUCAACAACUUCAAAUGACACAGAGACAGUAUCUCUUUCAACAAGGAUUAAGUCUUCAAAGUCACAAUCAUUCUUCGGGGAAUUUAUCAAAUGAGUCAAUGCCAACGUGGAAAUCUGAAUCUUCAGAAGCUUCUGAAAGUCAUCAAAAUUCGAAUAUUUCUAAAGCUGCUUCAGGACUGAAUGGACUUAUUAAUUCAAUAUCGUCAACUCGACGAUCUGACGUCAACGGAACGACAAUUGAUGAAAAACCUCUAGAUGUUUCUUGUCAUGACAAGGCUCAUCCUCUCUAUGGCCAUGGAGUAUGUAAAUGGCCAAGCUGCGAAGUAAUUUGUGAUGACUAUCAAGCAUUCCUCAAACACAUGAACACGGAACAUACAUUAGAUGAUAGAUCAACAGCUCAAGCACGAGUACAAAUGCAAGUUGUGUCUCAAUUAGAGAUACAAUUACAAAAAGAACGUGAUAUCUUAGGUGCUAUGAUGCAUCAUCUUCAUGUAGCAAAACAAAUGGCAUCUCCAGAACCACCAAAGUCGUCUGAAUCAUCGACAGGUUCCAAUCUCCCUAAGCUAAGUUUAUCUUCCAAUUUAAUGAGUCAACCACCACCAAAUUUUGGAGUAUCUCAAGUGUCACCAGUUUCAAUGUCAGCUCUAGUAUCAGCAGUGAGGUCACCAGCAGGAGGACAACUUCCACCAACCGCUGGUGGUACUCCAAUGCCACCUAUUCCUAACAUGUCCAGUAUAGCAGGAAUACCAAUGCCUAAUAUGCCUGGAAGUAUGCCAACUAUUCCUGGAGGAAUGCCUAGCAUGGCUGGACCAAUCCGAAGAAGAAUUAGUGACAAGUCAGCUCUUUCAUUAGCUGGAGGGUUGCCCUACAUGCUGGAGCGGGCUGGCCUUGACGUCCAACAAGAAAUUCAACGGAAUCGAGAAUUUUACAAAAAUGCUGAUGUGAGGCCACCUUUUACCUAUGCUUCUUUAAUACGACAGUCAAUAAUUGAGUCACCAGAAAAACAAUUGACACUCAAUGAAAUCUACAACUGGUUCCAAAACACAUUCUGUUACUUCCGGCGGAAUGCCGCAACGUGGAAGAACGCCAUCCGCACCAAUCUAUCAUUGCACAAGUGUUUUGUGCGCUAUGAGGACGACUUUGGGUCAUUCUGGAUGGUGGACGACGCCGAGUUCGUAAAGCGGCGGCAUCUGUCCCGCGGCCGCCCCAGGAAAUAUGACCCAACCCCAUCACCCACUCCACCCCACCUCUCCGCACAAGGAGUACCUUCUAAAAGCCCUACACUAACGCAUAGUCCAACCAUGUAUGGUGAUGCUCUCAAUGCCAAUCUCCAGUAUUUCCAGGCGGCGCUAGGUGAAUCGAACAUGGGAUUCUUGAAUAAUUCAAUGUGCACAUCAACAGCAACUAGUCCAGACAAGGAACACGUAAUGCCCCACAAUGAUUUAAUGUCAUCGUUAGACGAACCAACACUCCAUAUAAAACAAGAAGGACCAAGUCCUGAAGGUGGAAAAUUAUCGAGAUUAAUAAAACGUGAAUUGUUGGAAGGACCUACAGAGCACGAGGUAGAAGAUGAUACAGUAGAUGAAAGAGAUUAUCCCGAAAGUCAUGGACAAGAUUCAGGACAAGAUGAAGAUAUAGCAGAAGAUCUUUCAAUGGCUCCCGAUAUCAUGACGUCAGAUGAUCAAAUCGAGGCGUAGUACCAUACUAAGCAUUAGAUAAAUUGAUAAAUUAAUACAUUGUUUCAUAGUAUCAAUUACCUGAAUCUUCAACAUCGUCCUGCAACUUUUUUUUGUUAUUUAUUGUCAAGGACAAUAAAUUAGACAACUAUUGUAUCUUCUUAGAAACAAGUCACUAAUCAUAUCUAAAUUGUAAGAGGCAAAUUUUCUAAGACUAAACAAUGAGGAGGGAGAUUUAAGAAUCAGAAGAUAAUUAAAAAGAACAGGGAGUUGAAAAUAAUAAAUAUCAAAGCAAGAAGAUUAUAUACAAUAAGAUUGGCUAGAAAGUAAUUUUUCUUUAAUAGGAGAAAGAAAAAUUAUCAUUGAAAUAAAAUGUCAAUCGAAGUGAUCCAUAUCUUAAAUAGAUAAACGACAACGAUUUGUAUUACUUUGUUAUUAUGUUACUUUUUUUCUUUUGAAAUGUAAAUUUCUUAUUUAUCUGUAUUAUAAUUGAUAUAUUAUUACAUAAUGAGAUAAAUAAAACGAUACGAAAGUAUCAUGAAGAAAUGAUAUAUAAAUAUUAUUAUAAAAUAAUAAAGUAGAAGUAGGAUUAUUCUGAAAGACCGUUACAAGUCAGUAAAAUUACAAAUUUUUUAACUCAGGACUUCUUUUUCUUUAAACAUACAUAUACACAACGGACGGCUUAGUGUAUUAACAAUUAAAAAAACAAUGAGUAUGUGGAAGUGGCUCUUCUAAAUGCCAAUUUAUAUUAGUGUAUAAUGAAAAAUAAGUUUUUGUUAAUUGCGUAAAGAGAAUCAAUAGAAGAAUUUUUUUGAUAUACGUGUAGAUAUAAUACACGUUUGUAGAUAAAAUUAUUCUAUAAGAUUGUAGAAGGUAGGAAAGAUUAACAAAAAUCAGUUGAUUCCAGUUCUAGCGUUAUUAAUAAAUAAAGGAUGGCUGUUAAAAGGGCACGUAGGCCAAUAAACAUUGACAAUUAAAUUUAUUUUUAUUUUGGAUUUUAUUAAUCUUGUUACGUUUAUUAUAAUUGAAUUUAAUUCGAAAAAGAACUUGAGUCAGUUUAAUAUCGACUGAAUCAUCGUGAUUAUUCCAAU